GUAUAAGCCGGUAACCUCAAGAAGUCGUUGAUUCAUCAAACUUGGCUUGGCUAAAUCACAUCAUCAUUUCUCGAAUUCCUAGAUGUCCAAGCCCUCCGAGGAGAAUGCAAAUGAGGGUAAGCCUAGUGGGACAGGCGCGUCCACAUUAACCGAUGGCGACACUUCUUCUUCCGUGUGUCCCCUCUGCUCAGCGGCUCGUCGUCCAAAGUGGCCAAAAAGGCUGAUUGCGACCCAAAGGUUAGCAUGGCGCGCUUCGGUCAAUCAGCAAGACAAGACCUCUGUAUAUGUUUCAGCCAACAGUUUGAUGAAUCCGCCUUCUUCAUUGUCUUGUACGAGGUGGUUCAAAGCUGUCUUCUCUUCAACAAUUCCACUGAUCCUCUCUUCCUGCUUUGUUUAAGGGAAGCAAGGCCUGGUCGUACAUUCUACUGACGCUAAUCAUUGGAGGAGUUCUGGUAUCCCAACCCUUUUGUCCGGUCUCGACGAAUUCUUGUCAUUGAGUCUUGAUGGUUGGUUUGUCGGCUCACAGGCCAUGUGCCUCUUCCCCGCAUGGCCACUCUCCAUGAAGAUAGGUGCGCAUUUGAAUGACUAAGACAGCAGCAAAACCACGUUCCAAGCUUGCAGGGGUCUGGUACAUUAGCGUCUUCUUCAUGACGGCCAUGGUACGACAAAAGCGAGAUGGUUUUCGAAGCGAGAUGAUUUCCAAAGCGAGAUCUGUUCGUCAACAGCUUCUUCUUGUGAUCGGGCGAUUGAUCAUCUUCGGACUUUUCUGGUUCAUGGGCGUUGAUUUCUGGAUACUGCCCAGUAAGGAGUUAUUUCAGAGCUCCCUUGACUUGAUCCCUUCACCGCCAUGAUCUGUAAUAACAGAUCUAUUCAACGAAGAUGCUGGCGUUUUAGACUCCUUCAUUCCCGCCUACUCGGUAGGUAGUAACGCAUUGCAAGCCACAUUUGAGGGGAUCAUUGCGUUCCGGGUCAGUUUGAGUACAGGGCUGACGACUGGAAGAUGUUUGCAAUUCGGGUCUUCUGCUUCGUCUUGCUUUGUGGUCGGAACGGAUCUCGUUUUCUGUCAUUAGCGUGUUGGCAUCCGUAUCUCUUUUUUGCAGGGGGCUUGUAUCAACUCAAUCAAGUUCACUCGGUGGAUGACAUGAGGUAUGAACCCGGCGCCAGCUUAAAGGAAAGGAGCAACACACCGUAAUUCAUGUCAUUUUUCCCUGUACCAGGAACUUCGCGGAGACGUGACCUAGGAAAAAGAAAGUUGACUGGAGGGUUCAAUUGCGGUUUGUUUCUUCUCUUUUUUUUCACCGUCAGCUCAUUCAUUGACCUCCUUGAAUGGGGAAAGAACAAGCUUGCCGCUCGUAAGAAACUUUCUUGAUAAAAUUGUUCAAUCAGAUGCGUGUCGCGUUUUCGUUCAGCUCCCCAGCCAACACGGCGCUUUCCGUAAGGAUUGGGUGGGUGAGCGGGUGAGUCUGGCAGGGCACCAGUGUUGCUAGGACCCUUCUCUUGCAGAUCGCUUGACGAAAUCUCGACGACGGAACAUGACGACGCCCCUUCAUCAGAGCCAACACCAAAACCUUUUGAGUGCCUUGCGCCCUGUGGAGUGGAGCCGGACGAGGACUUGCUGACAUCGUGCAAAACCCUUACGGUCAGACGGUUGCGGUCUGGCGGACGGCAGAAUCCUAUUUCUGGGUUGUGCUGCAGGAGCUCGAAAAGACCUCGUGCUUCCGCAAAUGCACCGACUCAGAGAAGGACAAGUUGACCGAGGCUCGUGUUCUGCAGUGUGUCAGCGAACAAGAGCUUUAAGACGUAUGUAUCGCAUAUGUAUCGCAUACAUGGUCACGUGCGUACUCUUCCG